CCCGGCCUCACUUCAACACCUGUUUUGUAUCACUACCAUAUCAUUCGUCUUCAUACGUCGGCGUCCUCCACCAUGCCUUCCAUACUGGGUGAAGGCGAAAAGGAGAUCGUCAAGAGAGCCAUCCCCAAGGCUGCCAACAAGAUCCAAGCUGUCGCUGUCGCUCGACUCUAUAUUGCGCUCCCAGGCCGAAACCGAUGGACCUAUACAGGCCUUCAAGGCGCCGCCGUCCUCUGCAACGACCUCGUCGGGAACACUUUCUGGAUCAAGUUGGUCGACAUCUCUCCCGCAAACAGAGGCGUAAUUUGGGAUCAAGAAAUCUACGACACCUUCCAAUAUAACCAAGACCGAACCUUUUUCCAUUCCUUCGAACUCGAACAAUGCUUGGCCGGCCUGUCGUUUGUCGACGAGAAAGAGGCGAGGACUUUCAAGAAGAAGAUGGAUGAGCGGGAAAAGAACGCCAGCAAGCACACAAAAGCACAACCUUUCGCUUCCACUGCAGGUGGUGGCCAGCUCUAUGUACCAGGCUCGUCUCAUAAACACCACAGCCGAGUCGGUAACUUUCUCCGAGGCCACAGGCACAGUUCCAAUCCUAUCCCUCAGGCGCAACCUCAAUCCAUUGUACCGCAGCCUAUGUACAGCCCAGCCUCUACAAGCCGUCCCCAGAGCAGUGCAGGAGGUAUUGAUCUGGCGGAUCCAACAUGGCGACCCAUUCUUGACGAGCUGAUCCAGAUGGGUAUUACUGAGGACCAGAUUGCUUCCAAUGCAGACUUCAUCAAGAACUACGUCCAGCAAAAGCAAGCAGAGGAAAUGGCGAACGGUAUCGCUCAGGCCUUGCCAACAGCCACAGACUCAAGGUCUAGGGGGCCACCACCGCCUCCGCCGUCUGCACCACCUUCGAGAAUAAGUCCAGAGAAUACAGGUACGACUUCAUCGAGCCGACGUGGUCCUCCCCCAGCUCCACCGCCAUCGCGAAGGCCGGUUGGCGGCAGGGCAUCGUCACCCCCUCGAUCACCAUCGCCUCCUCCGCGAACACCAUCUCCUGCAGCUAGUCCGCAACCACGUUUCCGUGCGCCUCCACCCAUCGCAGACGCGGGCAAAUACGCGGUGAAAGAAGGCCCAGCCCUGCACCCUUCAGGACGAGCUCGAGCCUCCUCAGGCUCUUUGGCAAACCCAGGUCCCCCACCACCGCCUCGUCCGCCAAAGACACCCAUUGACGAGGAGCCACAGGGGAUGUUCAGGGUCCCGCCUCCGUUCGUGGGCGACCGCAAGUCUUCAGCUCCACCACCACCACCUCCUAGUCGUGGUCCUGUGCCCCCUCCGCCACCGAGUCGAGAUACUUCCACGCCUCACGUCAUGCCGCCUCCAUUACCGCCCAAAGCAUCGGGACCACCAGCCUCACCAGCUGCAUUUUCUCCCCCUCCGCCUCCCCCUCCGCCAGCUCGCGGCGGUGCUCCUCCCCUUCCUCCUCCAAAUACUCGAGCUGUUCCUCCUCCACCAACAUCAGGCGGGCCACCUCCACCGCCGCCCAUGCCUUCGUUCUCAGGUCCGCCACCACCGCCGCCGCCCAUGCCCUCAUCGUCCGGACCACCUCCACCACCACCAAUGCCUUCAUCCGGUGGCCCACCACCUCCUCCACCAAUGCCAGGCGCCAGCUCCGGUCCACCUCCACCGCCUCUUGCACCGACCGGCGGCGGUGGUGGUCGUGACGACCUUCUCGCAGCGAUUCGCGGGACCGGUGGCGGCGGUCUCCGGAAAGUCAGAGACAGCGAAAAACGAGACAGAUCAUCUGCCAUGGUUCCAGGCUCAGAAUCGACUGCGCCUGCACCGCCGGGAGGAGCGCCGGGAAGCCCAGCUAGCGCUGCGGAUGCACAGGGUGGUCUUGCUGGUGCGUUGGCUGCAGCUUUGAGUCAGAGGAAGAAGAAAGUUAGCGGGAGUGAUGACGAAAAGGACGAUGAUGACGACUGGUGAUGUUUAUAAUCAGUUUGAUACCUGCAUCAUGCUGUUGGGUAUCGUGGGAAUAGAUUCCUCAAAAGUAACUUGGUGGUUCCGAAAAGUUGAUGUCCCGAGGGAAGUCGAUAGCCGCGAACGGUCGUGAAAUGGUACAACCAAUCUCGGCAAUGGACAUAGACGAGUGAAACGGAGGAUGAGGUUGAGUACGUCGGUGAUGUAGCGUUGAGCGGAAUAGCGAAUCUACAAGUCAAUACUAGAUAGUAUUACAUGCCAAUCCUUGCUACAUGGUUCCGAAGCGACUCGGAAAAUCGGAAUUCGUCAAACAAGCGACUAGCAUACUACGUAGCUCUAGAAAAUGCACAAGCGCCGAUGCGAUGCGAU